CAGAAACCCCACUUUUAGAUUGCCAUGCUGCUAGUGUCGGUCAUCAAGGUUCUCGUCUUGUGUGGAACGGCGGCAAUCGCUAGCUCCAAUGGAGGAUCGUCUGCCAUCGAAAGCUACGCGCCUCCGCUCUUACCUCCGCAGACACCACCACCAACGAUGCAAGUCAACAGCACUAGUCUGCUCCCGCCCAAGAAAUGCACUCCUAAACCAUCCGUGCUCACGAACAGAACGACACCCGUGCCGCCGAAACAUCGCUGCGUGCCCAAGACACCCACACCCGUGCCGACCAAUACGACGACACACAAGAAGUGCUCUCCAAAGACCCCAGCACCAGCCACUGUGCCUCCGACGCCGAUGCCAACGCGGAAGAUCUGUUCGACAAAAACGAGACGCCGACGCCGUGC